ACACUCUGUAGAGCAUUCUUUCCAGUGUAUAAUAGAAUAUAAAUAUUUGUAUACUUUUAUGAUAUCCUGAGGGUGUUCACUCGAAGUUGUUUUAUCGAUUUCACCAGAAAGGAUCCUUGUUUUUUUACUCUUGUUCUUCGCCUUGCGCUUAUUUUUUUUAUUUCUGCUUUGUAAUUCGUAUGAUGGAUCGCUUUUUCAACUCAAAUUCCUCUCCUUUUACAAGCAGUAACACCAACUCGAACAAAGAUAACAAUCGUUACAAUCCUUUUAAGCCCAGAGCGAGAAAGGCUUCUGAAGAGUUUUCUCUGGAUGUUAAAAAUGAAUCGAGUUCUCAUCGUAAGAAAAGGUUGAUCCAGUCUUUUAACAACUUACACAUCAACGCACCAAAACAUUCUCUACAAAACAAUAAAUUGAGUUAUUCAAGCUACAAUAAUAACUCGUUGUACAAUUAUCAAAACCACAAUGAUUCCCAGGAACAAGACAUCGAAUUAGAAAAUGACUUUCAAAUAAAACCUCAUAAUUCUAAUUCUAAUUCUAAUUCAAAUGAUGUGAUAUUCAUCGCUUCUAUCGACCAAUUUUUAAAAGAAAAUCCUGAUGAAGCUGACAAUGAAGAAUCCUUUCAAGACCAAGAGGAAUAUGAUGAAUGUGACGAUGAAUAUAAUUCAUCUAAUGCAAAUAUUCUGUUAAAUCCCAUCAAUAGCAAUCUUGAUGAAAAUGAUCAAGAUAUAUCAAAAGACUUUCCAUAUACUGGUGAUUACAACAUUAUUAACUCAAAUUACGAUUUGGGUUUUUCUGAAUCAAAUUUAUUUCCUUCCUUUUCAAGUUCUGGAGUAAAUAAAAAGAAACCGAAAAAGAAAAUCCCAAAAAACUUGAUAAUUCCAAAAAAAAUAAUAGAUCCAUUUAUAGCAAGAUUGAAUUCCAAUUCUUCAGUGAUAUCCUCAGUUAAAAAAAUACAAGCAAGUAGAAAGAAUUCUUCAUCCAAAGACACCAAUCCUAUUGAAAGUUUAAAUUUGAAAAAAUUCGAUAAUAAAAAUGAAUUUCUUUCAAUUAAUGAUUAUAAAACUGGAAAUUCAACAUUGAAAAAUGGUUCAGCAGGUGAUAUUACAAAUGGAGAAAUAUAUUAUAAUAUUUUUCUUUCCCAAAACUUUUCACUAAUAAAAUAUUAUGAUCCAACAAAAGUGGUCUUUGAAUCCCUAAAAAAAUGGUAUCUUUAUACUUAUUUCAAUAAAAACAAACAUGAUGAUUUUGACUACGAUGAUGAUAUAAUAACAGAUGAUAUGAUAGUAGAUGAUGAUUAUAAUAAUAAUAAUAAUAAUAAUAAUAAUAAUAAUAAUCAAAUUGUUGAUUUUAAUAAAGAAAGCGAUGUUGAAAUGUCUAUGGAUUAAUAGAUUUACUUUAUACAAUCGAGUUAAAAUUAAAAUCAUAAGUCAUUUAUAAAUAAAUUUCUAUAAAACUAUACAAUGCAAAUAGUAUUAAUAGAGAUACUCAAUUUAUAGAGAAGUCCUAAUUUACCAGCACUAGAAUUCAGAUCAAGAUUAAAAUAAAGUGAAGAAAAAAAUAAAAAUAAAAAUAAAAAUAAAAAUGAAAAAUGUAACAAAUGAACCACCCUAUUGAUACUAUAUACUAUUUAUAAUUCAUAAUUUAU